UGGCCGCUCUCGUUGACAUGUACUUGCCUUCUGGUAAGAAUUCAUAACUUGUGACCAGAUCCUGUAAGUUAGAUGUUGUUUACUAUAUUGAUAAAAUUGGGCUUAAAAGGAAGUAAUGCGAGGGACUAGGGAAUUUACGAAUGUGCGCUUUAAAUGUGAAAGGACAUUUAUUUAGAAGGUAACUUGCUGAAUAUUAUUUACAUCAAUUAGUUUUAGAUAUAAAUACUAUUUAGUAUAACUGUGUGUUAUUGUAUGUGUGCUGAACAAUAAAACGGACCUCAAUUCAGUGAGAUUUUGAGAUAGAAUUACCUCAGUCAUUUAUUGUACAGUUUCCAUAAUGCACCAUUAAAGUCGUAUGUGGUGUAAAAAGGCAAGGCUGGUAGGAAAAUGGGAUCUCUUGUUGUGUUAACAUCAAGGACUUGCAUAAAGCAUCUCUGCACGCCAUGGGUUGUCAACCCCUUAUAUUUCAGGCCUGCUUUGGCUUGUUUACCACAACAAAACAUUACGCAUGCUGUCCAGUUCAUCAUGAUUCCACAAACACAAUGUUACAGCACAGAAGGAGACAAAGAAGCACACGUUUUCCAAAGAACGUCCAAAGAGAAAGUGUUCGCUGCGAGGACAAGACCUUCAUUUCCAAACUCGGUGUUCACUGCGGGAACGGCCAAAAGAACGGCUGAAUAUAUGAAAAAGAAAGCCAUGUCGAAAACAGAACAGCUGUCAGAUAAUACACCCCCGAGAGGAAGAGGAAAUGUAAAAGUUGCCCUUCCCAAUCGCCCGCUGACCACAUCUGAAUGGGCAGAGAUCAAAGAGAGUUCCUCCAAACCUGAAUUCUUUGAUUUGCAAAUGAUGGAAGGACUAGUGACCACUAAUGCAGAUAUCAACAUUGCCAAAUCUCUCUUGUCCUACGUGGUUGAGGACAAAGGCACCCUUUCCUAUAAACUCCUUUUGAGAUAUCUCACGCUGUGUGUCACGGGUGGUCAUCACUCAGAGGUGCUGGACACCUACGACAUCAUGAGAACCUGCUUUAAAACUCUUGACACUGGAGCUUCGUCGCUGUUAAUAAAAGGGUUAAUUCAGACUGAUCGCUGGAGGGAGGCGCUUGUGGUGUUGGAGGAGAUGAAAAAGGCCCUCCUGCCGUCUCCUCGUAACUAUAGCGAUGCCAUCGCUGGGGCGGUGCUGCAUGGUGACGCUGAGACGAGCUGGAUGCUGUACGAUGAGCUCCUGCAGCUGGGUCUCGUACCUAAUCAGGACACCUGGAAGUCGCUGUUUGAGAGCGGCAUCACUCGGCGAGGACGAGAAGACAAGCUCUUUUCUAUUCUGUCGUACAUGAGAGAUAACGAGGUCUACCCACAGGAGCCGCUGAUUCAAACGAUCAAAUCUUGGUUUGAGAGUUUACCGGAUCAGAAAUGGCAUGGGACGUUCUCAUACGUGGACCCCAGUGGAGAGUGCAAAAAUUGCAAGGCAAAUCUUGAAUCCAUUCAUCUGACUGAGGAAGAAUAUGUUCAGCUGAAGGACAGAGUGAUGAAGAAAGUGAUAGAAGGAAGUGACGUCUUCAAGAAAACCACCCCAGAGGAGCUUAAAAACUUUAAGAGUUUUGUGAAGCAGAGCCCUCCCUUUGAUAUUGUCAUUGACGGUCUUAAUGUGGCUAACACAACAUCCAAGGCCACCCGAUCUCAGACGUUGCUGGCUGUCGUAUCAGAACUGGAACAUCAGGGUCUGAACAUCCUGGUCCUUGGCAGGAAGCACAUGCUAAAACCUUCCAUGAACUGGACCAGACAAAACAUGAACAUAAUCAAGCAAAAAGCACACUGCUUCUUCACCGAGAACAUAUCCGAGGAUGACCCGUUUCUGCUGUAUGCUACUUUGCACUCUGGCAUUCACUGCAACUUUCUUAGCCGUGAUCUGAUGAGAGAUCACAAAGCCUGCCUGCCAGACAGCGCUACCAGACGCCUCUUCUUCAAGUGGCAACGUGGCCAUCAGCUGGUGCUCACUCAUUACGUCCCGGGAAAAAAAGUGCAAUUUCGGAGGACCCUGGCUCAUGACACCAUCAUUCAGACGGACGGCAGCUCCUGGCACAUCCCUUAUGAUGACAAUAAAGGAGAUAGAGCCACAUAUGAAGUUCCUCAUAAAUGGCUCUGCCUCACUCGGGAACAUUGAGGCUGCAGUUACUGCUAGUGUUCUGGCUGGGAAAUGUCAAAUAAAUAAUACUUUGUAUGUCCAAUUAUGUCUUUCUACUGCUUAUAUAUAUAUAUAUAUAUAUAUAUAUAUAUACACACACAGUAGUUUCAUGUUUUAGGACAAAUUUGAUAAAAGGUUUUGAUGCCCUUCAAAUGUUGACUAUAUACUG